AUGACUUGCGACCCCUUAACGAAACGGACAUUGAUUCUACUGUUGAACGUUCAUGGGAUUAUCACAAUCAUUGCUUUGCUCGGGAGUUAUUUCGUGAUAAGAGCGUUUCACAAAUUUCGCAACCUGCGAACUGCUUCCAACAACAUUCUGGUGAGUUUGUCUAUCGCCGACGGCUUAUUAGCGAUUCCCUUGAUUCUUGAUAUCAUUCAGUUAUGCCUUGACUAUAAUGGUGGGAAUCUUUCAUGUAUUCUUAAACGAGUACGCGGAACUGUGACCUUGUUCCUCCCUUCGGUCAUUGUUCUUCAUCUCACCUUAAUGAGUUCAGAACGGUUCAUUGCCAUCAAGUUAGCUUUAAGAUACCAGGCCAUAGUGACCAAACGUCGAGCACGGAUUGUUUCCAUCGUGAUGUGGCUAUGGGCUCUGGUCGUUACUGUGGCUGUCCCA